AUGGUGAGGUCCAAUACAGCAAUUCCCAUCAGAAUCAUCACACAGGGUCGGAUUCUUUGUCCCAAAGGACAUAACGGGUCGUUGAACUAUUAUCAUUUGGCAUGGAUUGAGGCUGGUGAGGUCAGGUUCAAGAUGGACCUGCGGGCUAGUUCCUUUAUGGAGGCCACGUUUAAUGGGCCACCAAUUUUUGAAAGGUUUGUUGGAGGUGAUGAAGAUGGGCCAGUGCUUUUUGAGGAGGCUGUAGUUAUAAGGCACAAGGAGGUGUCAUCUCAAGGGAAAAAAGGUGAAGUUGAUAUUUUGAUAUCUUCACAUGGUGCCCAGUUGGCCAAUAGUUUCUCAUGGAAAGAAACAGCAGUUUCAUGGCUUAAACUUGCUGGUGUUGGUCAAUAUGUUUACCAUUUGAUAGCUAGCUGGUUAAGAAUGAAACAUCAAGGAAGCUGGAAAUGGAGAUAA